AUACGAAUAUCUCACGUUACUCCUUUUGUCGAAUGUUUCGUUUUAGAUAGAGAAUGCGAAGAGUUAGCCAGCCCUAGCUUCGGACGGGUUACCUUGAGAGGGUUGUUGUUUAGUGAUAAGGCGAAUUAUACUUGCGAACUCGGCUAUACCCUGGUGGGACCUAAGCAGAGGACAUGCCAAGCUGAUGGCACCUGGUCAGGAAACACGCCUACCUGUAAACAGAGCAGUUUUUGCACUAAACCUCCAGUGAUUGGAAAUGCCCGUCAUAAUGCUCGUCCUGAGCAAAAUGCUUUCGAUGUGGACGAGACGAUUCAAUACCAGUGUACGACUGGUUACGUCACCAAUGGUUUCCCUGCAGCCAAAUGCCUGGCAGUGGAAGGAACUGCUUCUUGGUUCGGGCCGGAUAUAUCGUGCGAGCCCAGAACAUGCGGUACACCCCAUGAAAUCUCCAACGGCUGGCACACCGGCGACUGUUUCACGUUCAACUGUCGAGUCAACUACCACUGCGAAGAAGGAUACGAACUGGUAGGCAGACCAGAGCGAACAUGUCAAUCAGACGGCCUCUGGACUCCCAAAGAAUUACCGUCUUGCGUGCCCGUACAGUGCCCCACACCUGAAAAUCCGCUAUUUGGGACGGCGAUAUUUACCUCGACGUCGUAUAAUUCGGUUGUAUCGUACGAAUGCAAGUACGGAUAUAUGCUGGUCGGAGAACGGACUCGAAGAUGCGGAGCUGAUAAGAAAUGGACGGCGGCUACUCCUAAAUGCCAAGAAAUCAAUUGCGGUCCACCCGGUAUCCUUCAUAAUGGUUGGAUGGAGAAUUUGGAAGCGGGCACUGGUCUAGGAGCUAGUAUUAUAUUUCGAUGCGACGACGGUAUGUUAAUGGUGGGCAAUGCGUCGACAGUGUGUCAAAAUGAUGGCAAAUGGAGAUACCCGCCUCCUCUAUGCUUAGCUCCUUGUAUCGUACCUAAAGUUCAACAUGGCAGACUUGUCGUCUCUAUAGACGACAGUGGUUACGAGAGUGAGCAUAAUUCUAGCGCAACGGCGGUGAAACCUUCGCUUAUUGAAAUAUCUAUCGUGAAACAUGCCACUCAAGUUUUCGUCGAGUGUGACAAUCGUUACGAGUCAUCGAACAAUACGAUUCCUGUUGUAUGUAAUAAUGGCACUUGGUCUUAUAUACCCAAAUGUCAACCUGCUCGAUGUAAACAUUUGCCCAAGACUCCGGAGAAUGGUAUGAUAAUUGCGCCUAAAAUGGAACACGGUACCAAGGCAAGGUUUAAAUGCCUCGACGGGUAUACCAUUCUGGGGAACAAAACAACCGAAUGUAAAUAUGGAAAUUGGUCUUCCGAAGUGCCUUUAUGUGUAGAAAAAUAUUGCCCUUAUCCGGGAACCAUUGAUAAUGGGAAAAUACUGCUGGUAGGGAGCAUGGGUAAUUACGAUUAUCGACCUUAUGUCAAGAAAGUCAUCAAUGAUAGACAAGUAGUCUACGAAUGUGAUAAAGGAUACGUCUUGGAAGGAGGUCCGGUCGGAGCUACUUGUGUGGAUGGCCACUGGAGACCUCAAAAGUUACCUAAAUGCAUCCACGGCAAACACCCAUCCAUCAAGGUAUCCAGAUCGAUACACGAAGACGAACUGCAGCAAUUCCUGAACGAGACUUUUUCACAGACUGUGCAAAGAAUCCGACGAGCUUUAUCUGGGCAAAACUCCCAAGUAAAUGUGAUGAGAACGAAAACUCAAACAUCGACGAAAGAAGGUAAAGAGAAGAAUACCGGUAUUGGUGGGCGUUCACGUAAUCGAGGUUUCGAUUCGGAUUACGAUAUUGAUACGAAAGAUUACGACGAUCCGGAAUUGAUGGCGAACAGAACGGAUAUCGAGCCGACGGAAUCGAGAAAAGGACGUAAAGGCAAAAAAAAAUUUCGUCGUAAAACUCCUUGUCCGUUGCUUUCGGAUGAGCCUUAUUUGCACGUGGAAAUUGUCAAAGUGGGUAAAAAUCCAAACAUAACGUAUUACCACGGUACGCUGAUACGUGUUAUUUGUGCUCGAGGGUAUAAGCUUAACAUUGGUACGAAUAAUACCGCCAAAUGUGUACGCGGCAGAUGGAAACCAGAGAAACCUGAUUGCGAUAUAAUACCUUGCAGAGUACCUCACAGUGCAUUCGGGGUCUACAAACGAUAUUCGGUGCAGGGAUUAAGUCCAGAAGACUCGCUCAUCACAGAAGAGACAGAUUUCAUCGACGGAGAUACGGUGAAUUUCACAUGUGGUCCAGGAUUCAAUAUCAAAGGACCUUCUUCGUUCACUUGUAUCCUCGGAGAAUGGGAUGUUCCUAUUAUGCCGGAUUGUACUCCUGCACCUUGCGAAUUACCGGCCAUAGUCCACGGCCAAUAUUUAUCAGGGUAUAGAUCCGGACUAACCAUAGCCAACGGCUCAUUUGUGAAUUACCAAUGCGACCACGAAUUUGUUAAAAUAACCUCAGUACCGACAGAAUGUUUUCGGGGCGAAUUGCUGCCAAAAAAGCCAGCCUGUCGGAGAGAUCCAACGUUGUAUACGUCGGGUAGUGAUAUCCUCAGGUCGACCGAAUUAGGAUCUAUGGAUUUGUUAUCGGGUCUGCGGGGAUCAUGCGGGCCACCAGCUCGUAUUCAAGGGUCGCUGAUUUUUCGCAACGGUGAACCUAUCUCGGAGACUGAGCGAAGAAUUUUUUUCAGUUUUCCAGACGGGACCGAAGUAACGUUCCAUUGCAUCGAUAACGUAGUUUUGGGGCAAAAACUCACGUGGAGAAUUAUUUGUGCCGAUGGGAGCUGGAUCGGCAGAUCUCUGUCUUGUGACGCCGAAGAUUUAAUAGAAACAAACGUUAUAAUUAAAGACAAUUCGACCUGUACGAAUCGCAACACCGAGCCUAAUGUGGCAACUUUCCUCGACGACGAACGUAUUGUCGAGUCUGUUACCGAAUUUCCCGCCGGCACCGUUCUAACGUUUCGCUGCGUAGAUAUUGGCAAAUACGCUAUGGAGGGGUCCAAUAAGAGGCAGUGCAGUAAUGGAGAAUGGGAUGGAGAGAAACCAGUCUGUUUUGGACUUAAUCAAGAAAACGCUUACGCUUUGGAAAAACCUCCGACGAUACUUUUUCGUCACGAAUCCGGCCCUAUUGCGCAGAGCAACGAUGGUAAACUGAUCGUGUAUCCGGGUACAGUGCUGCAUAUGGAGUGUCUGUGGAUUAGACGAUUUGGAACUCCUAAAUGGAAUGUUAGCCAGUCUUAUAGGGAAUAUCCCCAAGGCUGGACAACAGAUCCAAAUCGAGACAACCAGUUAGAAUAUCGUUUAAGCAUUUAUCACGCUGUUCAAGACGACUCUGGAUUAUUUUCAUGCAUAACUCCUACAAGACAUACACAUUCGGUGGAAAUAGUUGUCAAAGCUGUUCAUUGUCCAGCAGUGCCAUCGAAAAAAGGUCUAAUUAUGAGUACCAAGGAUACGAAAAUGAAUACCGAAGUGCAGUUCUCGUGUUCUAAUGGUAAUGCUCUUUCCGGAGAAGACUUCGUGGUUUGCCUGCCUUCAGGGAACUGGAGUGCUAUUAUACCAACUUGUGAGACUGUUCAAUGCCCAGAGCUGAAUAAUUUAACAGACGCGAACCUUCGGGUAGCCGUAUUAAACCGUAUUGUCGGUGGACAAGCGAUGUUCAGUUGUAUCCAAGGGUACGGUCUUCACGGUCCCAUACAUUCGACUUGUCUACAAAAUGGAUCUUGGAGUCAACCAUUCCCUACGUGUUCAGAAGUAUUUUGUGACUGGUCAGGGUAUCUAACACACGGUUACACCCUAAGCCAACGGAAAAAAUAUAAGCCCAGAGAGAUAAUUCAAUUUAAUUGCCAACCUAAUUACGUAUUGGAUGGCCAGUACGAAAUUGAAUGUCAAGAAAACGGCCAAUGGUCUUCUCCUAUACCUUUAUGUAUCCAAGCCUGUUCUUAUCCAGGUACUGUGAUCAGUGGUCGUAUGUCGUAUGUUAAAUUCUACUACACUAUCGGAGAAGUGAUCACGUUCACUUGCGAAGAGGGUCUAGUUCUGCAAGGCUCCGCUGUACUGCAUUGUUUGCCAAAUGGCAAAUGGUCUAAUACGAUACCAGCAUGCAUUCCAGCCGAUUCGAUACGUUAUAAUAUCACCCACGCGAGAAACUAGCUAAAAUAUUUUUUAUAUCCUAUACAUAUAACAUAAUAUCAGUAUUAUGUGACAUUUUGUUUUUGUUUUUUUUUAAUUUUUUUGUUUCCUUUUUUCAAUAUGUUAUUCUACCUUUUUUUUUGUUUUGUUUUGUUAUAUUCCUCUUGUGUUUAUUAAUAAAUGAAAAAUUGUUAAAGAUUUAAUGAGUAAAUUACACGUAUAAAUGUAGGUUUUUUUGUAUUAUAAACAUUACGCUGCUUAAAAAAAUUCUGUUUUGAGUAAAUUGUUUCAAAAGGGGGUUCUCCGAUGGUACCAUUUUGCGGAGGAUAAUUAAUUUUAUUAAUUCAAUGUUAAUUAUGGCGUUCGAGCAUACCUACGAUACAUGUAUUUGUAUUUGUACCUACUUAUAUUAUAGAAUUGUUCAUUAUUGACAAUAAAUUUUUCAUUUAGUUUUUAA